AUGGAGUACCAGAACAUGAGUUUUGAACGUGAAGUACCGACCGAAUGGCCUUUCCAACAAUUUCGAAAUGAAAUUUUAAAAAUGACGUUGAGAGCGACUUUACAUCACUCAGCAGAUCAACAAGUUAUUUUGACUACAAAUAAUGUUUCUGCACUGCUAACAUCAAACGAAACGGGGACCAGAUACAUUUUUAGAAAAAUUGAAGAGUUGCCUGAUGAGUUUUUCCAAAUGCAUUUAAUAAUACCGUCAGAAAUUAUGAUGCUUUUUAACGGAGAAACAAGCCUGAUACCAAUAGAAGCUGAGAAUUUGGGAUUCCAUUCCCGUAAUUUGGAAAGGCGAAGAGAAAUCACUAUCGCUGUACCAAAUUUCAGAAGGAUUCUUGAAAUGAGAAAUAUUGUUGGAAAUCAAAUUUACCGAUCCGCUUUCAUGUCAGCGUAUCAGAAUAUUGGGAUUAUGGAGUAAGAGUUUGAUAAAUAGACACUUUGUCUGUACUAAUUUCUAGAAGCUUUUUACUAAGUAUUUUAUUAAUUUUACAGGUUUCCUGCGAUGCUGUCUGAUAUAACGUCGAAUGCACUUCCAUUUAUAAUUGCACAUAACUCUG